AUGUGCGAUUUUAAUCGACGGCCUCAGAUGAUGGAGCCCCCAGCUUCGCCUGAAACGCAGCACGAAGAAGGCUGUGACAAGAUAGAGCUUAUUAAGACAGACCAAGCUUACAGAAGUGACACCGACGUAACCACACUUGAAGGGCAUAAAAAAAAUGAUUUCUUUGAGAAUAAGGUCGAUGCGGAUGUUUACCAGCAAGACAGGGAGACUGGUCCUGAAUGCGAUGAUGUUGACAUUCAGGACACACAAAGCGUUUACAUUACUCGACGUGAAAACACCAGUGAUGAUGACCAGUCUGUCGCUGAAUCAGAUUUGCCGCAGACCUUUGUGAAAACGGUAGAGUCAGUUAGAUCCACAGUCCCAACAAAUAUACAUUAUGAAAGGGGCUUUUUUAAAGGCAGAGUCUUACGAGCUGUUGGUCUACAAACAAGCCAGGGGCUCGACCCUUCUGCUUUCGUAAGAAUAUCUUUUUCAAAGUCUGGUAGUGCGAUACCCGCGAGCGCCAUGAUCCGAUGUAAAGAAACAUUAGCAACCACUGGUGUUAUCGAAACUUCCGCUAAUCCUAUAUGGAGCGACGUAUGUCUCAAAGAAGACGAUCCACUAAGUCAUUUCAAUGGUGACACCGACUUUCGAGUUGAGCUGCUUCCUCGUAUUGUCUUGCCGGCAACAAAAUCUGAUUGGUACCAGCUUUUAGGCGACGUGCAUUUCACCGUCUAUUCAAUUUUAAAAGCGGAUGGUGGUUCUCGAAAUCGAGGAAAUGAGCAUAUUGGUGAAGCAACAAUAUCUGUUCGAAGUCUUCUGCAAGAUUUAUUGACGACAUGUCCUUUCACGACUCGAGUUAUCGAACUACGAUCGCGUGGCGGAAAGCGUCUCGGACAUCGCAAUGUGCCGUCUCGAAGCCAUUCUAACAAUGAACGGGUUGAAGCUCCGACAUUGACCGUUUCUUUUCAAUUUAUUCCAAUACACGAACAAGAAACUUAUCAAGACAUUGUUGGGGGAUCAAGUAAGGUGCUCAGCGUUUCAAAGUCCGCUACAAUAUCUUGCAAAUUACAAAAGACACGAAGUGCAAAGCAAACACCACCAGCCAAAACAAGCAGUAGCUGUAUCAAUCGCCGGCGAUUUGAAAAGCAGAUUGCGAAGGAGAACCGGUCCCUGGCUAAGCGACUGGAGCUGGAAAAGGCUUGUCGAACCCGGCGAUUGGCUCACCUUCAAGCUCAGGAAAAAAAGACACUACCUCAAUUCGGGGCGAGAAAACAUGGACACAAAGCUCAUGCAGAGAUCAAUCGGAUUAAAUUCGUCCAGAAAGUUGCUGAGGAAAACAAAGAGAUCGGCAGACGAUUGCAGAAUAUCCAUAACACAGAGGGAAGUUCUUGCAAAUCCGAUAAAUAUCUUGCUUGGGCUGCAGCAGAAACCGGAGAUAGUUCUAACUAUAUCGAUCGAGACAAAACGCAUGCACAGGACAAGCGUUGGCAGCGUCAAGUUGAGCUCGACUAUGUCAUGGAAAAGUCCCAGACUAAUUAUCAGCAGCAACAUCAAAUUGUGGAAGAAAUUACGACACUUCAGGAAGCUGUGGCUAAUUUGAAGUCCCAAGAAGAUAAGCUGAAGAAGACUUUGUCUCGAUUAGAAAUGACUAACAACAAAAAGCGGUACGUCCGCGAUCGACUUCAAGCUGCUACUGACUCGACGAGCUCGACUGCAAAGACCUUACCACGACAAGUAGAAAUGCUACGCAGUAAAAAUUCAGUGCUAAUCAGAAACGAUAAAGGUGACCAGGAAGCGGGCAGAAAAACUCAGAAGGAGCGAGAAUAUGAGCUGUUAUCAAAGCAUCGAGAAUGUCUUCAGGCGGACAAACUUAAGCUCAGCCAAGAUCUGAAGGCAUUGAACCAGCAGGAAACGGAACUCGAUAAUGAGAUUUACAACUUGGAAUUAAAGUGGAAAUAUGCGAAAGCGACGCAGCUUUUUCAGCGGCGAAUGGACAAGAUGAACGCGGUCCAAGUGCAACAAGCAAUUAAGGACAUGAAGAGGAGACUAAAGUCUUUAGAAAUCACGAGUGAAGAAGAAGCGCAGUGGGCAUGGUAUCAAACGCACCAAGAAUUCAUGCAGUUGCAACUUGCGCUUCAAGUCCUGCGAGACCAGAAUGGAAGAAAUUCUCGCUGUAUGGUUAAGACUUCCUCACCUGCUGUUCUUGAAUCUCUCACGAAAAAGGUAGAAAAGCAUAAGUCAAAGUUACAGCAGCUUGAAGACGAUGUAGAGCGAGUACGGGUUGACUAUGAAGCGAUGAUUGUAAGCGAGGGAUAUGAAUGUCUUCGAAAGCGUGUGCAGGAACUACAGAAACUUCUUUUCCUUUGCAAGUCCCAUCCUACACAAGUAAUCAAAGCUAACAGAAUGGCACAAUAUAAAGGUGAGGAAGCUGACAUGGAAUUUCAAAGGCGCUUGUUUCAUGAGCAAACGGAAACAGAUAUAGUAUUAAAAUAA